GCUAGAAGGGGACUGAGUAAGUCAUUUAACUCCAUGGUUUUCAUAGAGACCUCUUGAUAUCAAAACUUCUUUCCUUAUAUACUUCUCUUGUCCUGUGAAGAUGAAAAUUGAUAUCCAUAGUCAUAUUCUACCAAAAGAAUGGCCAGAUCUGAAAAAGAGGUUCGGCUAUGGCGGCUGGGUGCAGCUCCAACACCAUGGCAAGGGAGAAGCAAAGAUGCUGAAAGAUGGGAAAGUCUUCAGAGUGGUCCAAGAGAACUGCUGGGAUCCAGAAGUUCGAAUUAGAGAAAUGGACCAAAAAGGAGUAACGGUGCAAGCCCUUUCCACCGUCCCUGUCAUGUUUAGCUACUGGGCCAAACCUCAGGACACUUUAAACCUGUGCCAGUUUUUAAACAGUGACCUGGCUGCCACCGUUGCAAGCCACCCCAGGAGGUUUGUGGGCCUGGGAACACUGCCCAUGCAGGCCCCCGAGCUGGCCAUCAAGGAGAUGGAGCGCUGUGUGAAGGAGCUGGGCUUUCCUGGGGUCCAGAUCGGCUCCCACGUCAACGAGUGGGACCUGAACUCGAAGGAACUCUUCCCUGUCUAUGCGGCAGCUGAAAGGCUGAACUGUUCCCUGUUUGUGCAUCCCUGGGACAUGCAGAUGGAUGGACGGAUGGACAAAUACUGGCUCCCUUGGCUUGUAGGAAUGCCAACAGAAACCACCAUAGCCAUUUGUUCCAUGAUCAUGGGUGGAGUGUUUGAGAAGUUUCCUAAACUGAAAGUGUGUUUUGCACAUGGAGGUGGUUCCUUCCCCUUCACAGUGGGAAGAAUCUCUCAUGGAUUCAGCAUGCGGCCAGAUCUGUGUGCCCAGGACAAUCCAGUUAACCCGAAGAAAUACCUUGGUUCCUUUUACACAGACUCCUUGGUGCAUGAUCCUCUGUCCCUCAAGCUGUUAACGGAUCUCAUAGGAAAGGAUAAAGUCAUUUUGGGAACCGAUUAUCCCUUUCCACUAGGUGAGCUGGAACCUGGGAAAUUGAUAGAGUCCAUGGAAGAAUUUGAUGAGGAAACAAAGGAUAAACUUAAAGCUGGCAAUGCCCUGGAAUUUUUGUGUCUUGAAAGAAAACAAUUUGAAUGAUUGAAUUUACUGCAAAGGCAAACUUUCAAAAAGACAUUUCAUUUUUGUUUUGAAAUAUGUAUCAUACAUAUAUUACUAAAAUCUUAUUUUGAACUAUUUUACCUAGAAAUAGAAUAUCCCAAAUAUCCUAAAUUAUUCACAACAAAAGUGAUUCACAAGUAUUUUCAUUCUGAAAA